GGGCAGUUUAUAACUGUCCAUUAACCAUCACUAGAAAAAGAUGCUGUGCUAACGUCUCCCAGUCGGCUCUUCUGUUCUUCGGCUUUUUCCGUUAUUAACUGAUAUUUUUGUAUUAAAGUGAGAGUUUUACUGACAGAUAGGUCGGUGUUCCAUCUGAAAGUGUCUCCAGUUUAUCUGAGGCGCCCGCCAUGUUCCCGUUCCGACAGCCGUCCGACUCGGACCUGCGGCCCGACCCUCGGCGCUACGGCUCUGGAGCGGAGCGGGACUUUUUCCGCCCCCCCCAGGAGUCUUUGUCGCCGGGCCCCGCCCCCCAGGACGGCGUCCUGAGCCUGCUGAGCAGCUGCGGCCUGGAGCCGGAGGACCUGUCGGUGCUGGCCAAGCUUCCUGAGGACAUCCUGACCGUCGAGUCUCUUCCUCAGAUCCUCAAGCAGAUCAAAGGCCAGAAAGCUCCGCCCCCAGCGUUCCCCCCCCGGCCAGAGGAGCCGUUCCACCUGGGGACUGCCAAGCCUUUACCUGCCAGGCCGCCCUCUCCGCCGCCCCCUUCCUCCUCAUUCAAGGCCUUUAGCUCCGCCCCCAGGGACUGGGAGCGGCUCCGCCACCAGCCGGUCCAGUACCCGCUGCACCUACUCUCUGCCGAGUCCCGGCCGGACCGCUGGCCAGGUCAGCAGGCCGCCGGGUCAGGCAGGUCCCCCCCGCCGCCGUCCUCUUCGUCGACCAGGCGGGCCGUAGACCAGGACCUCAGGCCACGCCCCCCCGUCUACGGUAAGGACGGUUCCUCCUUCAGCGGGUCAGCAGGCAGAACCCGUCCUUCCCGUUUCUCCGGGUCAGGUGAUUUCAGGACAGCUCCUCCUCUUGAUGAGCGCCGCCGCAACUCCAGGCCGUCCUUCAGCAGCCGUGUCCCGGACCGGGUUCCGAACCUGAACCGGGCCCGCGACCCGGCCUCCGGCGCCAUGCCCUCUAAGAAACAAGCUCUGGACUUCCACGGAACGUCGCCGCCGGCGUUCCCGUACUCGUGCUCGCUGUGUGACAUCGCCGUUCUGUCAGAGAAGGUUUGGAUUCAGCACGUCAACACGACUGGACACGCAGACGGGCAGCUCAACCUGCUGCAGCGGUUUCCACGGUGGGACUGUCGCCUGGAAAGCGCUGGAAGGGACGAGAACCAAUCAAACCACAGGAGAGAUGGAGCAAAUCCCGCCCCGCCGCCCCCCAGACCCAAUCAGAACCGAGCAGAUCCACAGACGUCCAAGAAGCAGCAGAAGGUGAGAAGGUUCUGCUCAGGUCAUCAGGAGGCCGCCGCUGGGCCUCAGUGUGUGUGUGUGUGUCAGGCGUCAGAUAAAGGGAAGGUGGUGUGUGCCAAGUUCCCUCCUCAGGCUGUGGACGAGGCGUCUCUGAGGAAACUCAUCGAGCCGUUUGGAAAGGUCGGAAAAAUCCUCAUGUUUCCGUCUCUGGCCUUCGUAGAGAUGGGUUCCUCCGAUCAGGCCAAGGACCUGGUCAAGUUCUACAGCAGUUCUGACCCAGAAGCCAGGAAGGUGAAGGUGGAGUUCAACAUCUCCAACGCCUUCAGCUUCCUGCAGAGCUCCCAGGUGGUGAGCUUCACUCCAGCGCCGAGCGGCGAGGACGGCCGGUCCGAUCUGCUCAGCAUCGCCAAGCGCUUCGGGGAGCCGCUCUACACGCUCUUCCUGCCCUCCAAGGCCUUUGUGGAGAUGAAGCUGUCGGCUGAGGCCCAGAAGCUGGUGGACUACUACUCGGCCAGCGCCCUGCGGAUCAACGGCGCCACCAUCCAGGUGGCCUUCUCCUCCGAGUACCGGACCCUGCUGCGGGUUCCGUCGGCCCAGAAGUACGAAGACGAGCCGGCCGAGACCAAGGAGCCCAACAGAACCCGACAGGCCAGGACCCGGUCCGGGUCCAGAGACCGGUCCAGGGGAGGGCGGCGGAGACGGAGCGGUUCUGGAGACAGGAAGAGACCAGAGACCAGAACCAGAACCCGGUCCAGAUCCAGAGAACGGUAUGGAACCAGUUCUCCCGGGCAGAACCAGAACCAGACGGAGGGGAAGCCCAAAGAACCACAGAACCCAGAGUCCAGAUCGGCUGAACCUCAGAGAGAUGAAGGUGAUGAUGAUGAUAAAGCCCAACCAGCGGCUGGGGAAGAGGAGGACCAGCUGGCUGAUGAAGAUCAGUCCGACAGCGACAUCGAGGGCAUGGAGGUCAUCGCCGAGGACGGACAGAACCUGGACGAGGAAGAGGAAGAGGAGGAGGAGGAGGAGGAAGAGCAGAAACCAGAAUCACCUGGAGCAGGUCGGACCUGGACCGCCGCAGGGAAAGUUCUCUGGAGGGAAAAACUGAUAUCAGGAAAUGAUUUUCCAGAUGGAGGAGAGCUGGAGAAGACCGGAGCUGAGGAAGAGGAAGAGGAGGAAGUAGAAUUCCCAGUGGAUCUGGAGAGCUGCAUCACUCUGGACGAGGUGAAGACGGACGAUGAAGAUGAAGCGCCACCUGCCGACUGUCGCUGCGAGGAUGUCGGGAAGAAGGGUUCUGGAGAACCCGGUCCGGAGCCGACUGGACCGACUCCAGACCAUGAAAGUUCUGGUUCCGUCUCCAGAACCCAGGAGGAACCAGAACCUUCAGAUCAGACGAGGUCCACUGAGACUCUGGAGCCAGAACCAGACAGAACCGGUCUGGAGCCAGAGAGCCAGACCGGAUCCCAGAAAGUUCUGGAGACACGACGGGCCAAGAUCCGGUCCAGGAAGUCAUCUGGAGACGACGGUACCAGAACCGGUUCCAACGAGGAACCCGAUCAAAGAAAGACCGCCUCCAGAACCGCUCCAGAACCCGGUCCUGAAAAACGAAAAGCAACUCCUGAGAACGACGACGUUCCUCUGAAGACGCUCAGGAGAGAGAACGGACCAGAACCGGGUCAGAACCUGAGCACGGCGGAACCAGAGGCUGACGAAGAGAAAAAGCAGCAAAUAAAGACAGACGAGCAGAACCCAACAGAACCAGAACCACGUGAACAGGAGUGUGGAGCGCCACCAGCAGAGGGCGCCGCUGAGCCGCAGAAACCAGUCGGAGCCGAGUUCGUUCGUCCCGUCGUCGGCUACUUCUGCAACCUCUGUCAGCUGAUCUUCAUCGAUGAAGACGAAGCCAAGCUGCAGCACUGCGCCACGCCGGCCCACUACAGGAAGUACCAGGAGAAAACUGGCAAAGAUCCGUGGAUGAGCUGAGUUACGGAUCGGAACCGUUCGCUUCCUGCUGCUGUAAAUGUUAGUUUGAAAUAAAGCAAGUUUGAUUCUGAGGAA